GAGCCCAGGAGAUCAAGGCUGCAGUGAGCUGUGAUCAAACCACUGCACUCCAGCCUGGGCAAGAGAAUGAGACCCUAUUUCAAAAAACCAAGAAAAAAAAUGUUUUUGCUUUCUGAGCUUUUGGAUUUCUGGGUUGAAUUGCAAUUGCUAGAUCAAAGAUCUAGCCUGUGAGCCUGGAGAAUCAGGGCCAAGAAGGACAGGGCGGGCACCCCUCUCCCCAGCAUCCUGCGGACAGCAGGCUCUUCGCCCAGGACUGGCCUAACCUCCGCUGCCUAGCCGUCAUCCCCCUGCAGCCACCCUUCCCAGAGUCCUUUGCCCAGGCCACCCCAGGCUUCUUGGCAGCCCUGCAGGGCCACUAGUCUUCAGGUCUGCCAGGCGGAGGUGGGGAGGAGGUGGGAGGAGGGCGUGCAGAGGCAGCCUGGGCUGGGCCAGAGCUCGGGGUGCUGAGCAUGUGACCAGCUGUGAGCAGAGGCCAGACAUGGCCAGCCCGGGGCUGCUGCUCCUGCUCUUACUGACGGCACUGCCACCGCUGUGGUCCUCCUCACUGCCUGGGCUGGACACUGAUGAAAGUAAAGCCACCAUUGCGGACCUGAUCCUGUCUGCACUGGAGAGAGCCACCGUCUUCCUAGAACAGAGGCUGCCCGAAAUCAACCUGGAUGGCAUGGUGGGGGUCCGGGUGCUGGAAGAGCAGCUAAAAAGUGUCCAGGAGAAGUGGGCCCAGGAGCCCCUGCUGCAGCCACUGAGCCCGCGCAUGGGGACGCUGGGGGAGAAGCUGGAGGCUGCCAUCCAGAGAUCCCUCCACUACCUCAAGCUGAGUGACCCCAAGUACCUAAGAGAGUUCCAGCUGACCCUCCAGCCCGGGUUUUGGAAGCUCCCACAUGCCUGGAUCCACACUGAUGCCUCCUUGGUGUACCCCACGUUCGAGCCCCAGGACUCAUUCUCAGAGGAGAGAAGUGACGCGUGCCUGGUGCAGCUUCUGGGAACCGGGACGGACAGCAGCGAGCCCUGCAGCCUCUCAGACCUCUGCAGGAGCCUCAUGACCAAGCCCGGCUGCUCCGGCUACUGCCUGUCCCACCAACUGCUCUUCUUCCUCUGGGCCAGAAUGAGGGGAUGCACACAGGGGCCAUUCCAACAGAGCCAGGACUAUAUCAGCCUCUUCUGCGCUAACAUGAUGGACCUGAACCGCAGAGCUGAGGCCAUCGGAUAUGCCUACCCUACCCGGGACAUCUUCAUGGAAAACAUCAUGUUCUGUGGAAUGGGCGGCUUCUCCGACUUCUACAAGCUCCGGUGGCUGGAGGCCAUUCUCAGCUGGCAGAAACAGCGGGAAGGAUGCUUCGGGGAGCCUGAUGCUGAAGAUGAAGAAUUAUCUAAAGCUAUUCAAUAUCGGCAGCAUUUUUUGAGGAGAGUGAAGAGGCGAGAAAAACAAUUUUCAGAUUGUGAACGACUUUAGGGCACGGAAGAUGUCUCGCUCCUCUUCAAGUGCCUGGCUCCUACUACACAGCCCGGAACAUAGAAAUGUUUAAAAAAUAUUUGCUGAAUUAAAUAGAAAAAAUGAAGAAAAAGAAAAAAGAGGCACCUGGAAAUGUUUCGUCCAGGUCUUAGCUGGUGGAAGGACCUUGGUCUGUGAGCGUGGUUGAGUCUGGUCUGCCCAGCUGGCAGCCCCCACACCACCCUGCAAGUCCACAUGGGAUGAGGGGCACCCCUAAUGUACCCAACUGGACCUGGGGGCCACCUACCAGACAUGCAGCCUAUGAUAGAAUCUCCUGCCCCUCAGAUCCUCAACGCCAGGUUCUGGAAUGCUGUAAAUGCCCUCCCAGCCCUUUACACAACAGGUACUCUACACAGCACGGACAGAAGAAAUUGAUCCUUUUACGUUUGCAUUUCCUAAGAGUUUUAUAAAAAUGACUUUCGGGCCAGGCACAGUGGCUCACGCCUAUAAUCCUAACACUUUGGGAGGCCAAAGGGGGUGGAUCACUUGUGGUCAGGAGUUCAAGACCAGCCUGGCCAAUAUGGUGAAACCCUGUGUGUAUUAAAAAUACAAAAAUUAGCUGGACUUGUUGGCACGCCCCUGUAAUCCCAGCUACUCAGGAGGCUGAGGCAGGAGAAUCGCUUGAACCUGGGAGGCUGAGGUUGCAGUGAGCCAAAAUCAGCAUUUCAAUCUACACUCCAGCUUAGGCAACAGAGUGAGACUCCGUCUAAAAAUAAAUAAAUAAAUAAAUAAAAAAUAAACUAGCCUGGUGUGGUGGUACACACCUGUAGUCCCAGCUACUCAAGAGGCUGAGGUGGGAGGACUGCUUGAGCCCAAGAAGUUGAGGCUGCAGUGACCUAUAUGAUUGCACCACUGUACUCCAGCCUGGGCAACAGAAUGAGAUCCUGUCUCUAAAUAAUAAUAGAAUUAUAUAACAGAACUUUUUUGGGUGAUAAAAAAAAUCCUAAAACUGGAUAAUGGUGAUGCUGGAAUA